UGUUGGGUCCCACUAAUCACACAUUUUGACCAGUCCCUUUCUCCAAAAUUUCCUAAUAAAAAACAAAACUUGUGAUUUAGUUAGCUUCAACCAAAAUCCUAUGGCAUUCCUGUAAUUGUGUACAACAUGGAGGGCAAACACUCACCCACCUUCACUUCUCACACUCUCUUCUUCCUUCCUUUAUUAGCUCUCCAACCUCAACCUGAAACCAAAAUCCAAAGCUUUCAAUUUUCUCUCACUUUUUUUUAUCUUUCUUUCUCUCUUUUUUCCUUUUAGUAUACUUGUUGUCUUCCUCCCUCUGUUUUGACCGUUGCUUUUUCUCAACGUCUUUCUCUGUUCACACACACUUCUCUCUCUGUCACUGAUUCCUUUUCCACUACUCUUCCUCAUCAAAACACUGUCGUUUUCCUUCACCUCAUUGUCACCUGCGCUUCUCCCUUCUAACCCUUUAUUCCCCUUCUUCCUUUUCAUCUUGUUCUUCUCCUCUUUAACCAAUAUACACAGUUUGGUUGUGUUAGAAGGAAGAAAUUGAAAAAGGGUAUCAUGGAAAAUUCUGUCUUACUGAAAAUGGGUACUUUGUUGUAAUGUUUAUCUGCUUAUUCUUUAUGUAUUUUAUCUGUAUUUUUUCUGAGUGUGUAGAGAGAGCAAAGGAGCGAGGCAGAGAGAGAGAGACAAAGAUUUUCUCUUUUAAGUUUAUUGAUGUAUGGAUUUUCCUAAAUUUGUAUUUAUCAAGUUACAUUUGUUCUUUUUUUAAUUUGUUCUUUAGUGUCUGCCCUUUUUUGUUCAUCUCUAAGAUGGUUUUCUGGGAGGCUUUAGGCUGAUCGUCUGUUUUUAUUUCUACAUUUGGAAAAACAAAUCCCAGAUGCAAAGUUGUGUGCUUACUUCUUGUAUUCUGGUUGGGUAUGGUUUGGUUUUCUGGAUAUUAUAGAGGAAAAGGUUUGAAAAAUGCUGGAUCUUCAUCAACCUUCUUCUGGCUUGUAUAUGAAGAAAAGUAUCGAGCUUCAUUAGCAUCUUUAGAGUUAUGGUUUCUGUAUGAAUCUGGUGAGGCAUAAAGAAAGGUUGUUCUUUGGUUUCCUUUUCGAUGCAAGUUUGAGGAAUUCAUUCAUAGGGAACUAAGAAGAGAUGGGAUGUUCACAUUCAAGGUUGGAUGAUGAAGAGGCAGUUCAGCUUUGUAGGGACAGAAAGAAGUUCAUCAAACAAGCUGUUGAGCAAAGGACUCGGUUGGCCACUGGACACAUGGCAUACAUAGAAUCUCUGAAAAGAGUUUCAGCAGCACUUCGUGAUUACAUUGAAGGUGAUGAACCUCGCGAGUUCUCAUUGGACAAUGCCAUCACCCCACCUUUCACACCUGUGAAGAAGAAAAGUGGCCCGGGAUUCAUUCCUAUAUCAGCAAAACCCUUCGCAGCAACAGGAGCUAUUGAGUUUGGGAUCGGACCAAACUCUACUUUGAAAGUGAAUUACUUUAGGCCUGGUGGUAACCCAGCAAUUUCAGUUGAGGAAAGGCCUCAAUCUCCGGAAAGGGUACGUGUUGAGACAUAUUAUCCUCCAAUGCAGCAGUAUGGCUUUGAUGGAUUUUUCAACAUGCAAUCCUCACCGGUGAAUCCCUCAAUUUUUGCCUAUUCUCCCAAUAAUAGGCCUACUAUCCCUCCCCCUUCACCUCAAGCUUCCCAAUGGGAUUUCUUUUGGAACCCCUUUUCUUCUCUGGACAGCUAUGGCUAUCCUGCAAAAAGUAUUGAUCAUGCUGCAAUGGAUGAUGAAUACAGAGGACUCAGGCAGGUUAGAGAAGAAGAAGGAAUACCAGACCUGGAAGAAGAUGAAACUGAACAUGAAGAUGGUGUUGGAAAAAGAAAUGUAGUAGAAGAAAGAACUAGACCUAACAUGAAUUCUUCAAAAGAAGAAGUUAUUGUUGAAGAUGUUGAAGAUGAUGAUGAUGAUGAUGAUGAUGAUGAUGAUGAGGAGGAGGAGGAGGAGGAGGAGGAGGAGGAUGAGGAGGAGGAAGAGGAGGAAGAAACAGACAUUGAAGAUGCAACCAAGCAUGUUGCCAAAGAUUCCCAAGCUCGUGGAAGUGCAAGUUUUGAAGUAUCAAAAGCUCAAGCUGCUGGUCAUAUUGAAUCUAGCCAUAGAGAAAUGACAAUUGGUAAGAAAGAUGCUGUGGAAGAAACACCUGGUUUUACUGUUUAUGUAAACCGAAGGCCAACAAGCAUGGCAGAAGUGAUCAAUGAUAUUGAAACUCAAUUCACAAUCGUAUACAAUGCAGCUAAAGAUGUUGCAGCAUUGUUAGAGGCCAAGAAAUCUCAAUAUUUGUUGACUUCUAAUGAACUUUCAGGAUCAAAGUUGUUGAACCCGGUAGCUCUGAUUCGAUCAGCUUCUUCACGCUCUUCUUCAUCACGAUAUUUGGUAAAUUGUUCAAGCACUGGCAAGGAAGGUUGUGAUGGCACAAAGAAUCUCUCUGAGGAACAUUGUAUGUUAUCAGGUAGUCACCACUCCACAUUGGACAGAUUAAAUACCUGGGAGAAGAAACUCUAUGAGGAAGUCAGGUCUGGAGAGCGUAUCCGAAUUGCAUAUGAGAAGAAAUGCAAGCAACUCAGGAACUUUGAUGCAAAAGGAGAGGACCCCUCUUGCGUAGAUAAAGCAAGAGCAGCCAUUAGAGAUCUUGAUACCCAGAUAACAGUUUCAAUACACUCAGUUGAAGCUAUUUCAAGGCGAAUCGAAACUCUAAGGGAUGAAGAGUUAUAUCCCCAACUUCUUGAAUUGGUGCAAGGGCUGGAAAGGAUGUGGAAAGUGAUGGCAGAAUGCCAUCAGAAACAGAAGAGAACCUUGGAUGAAGCUAAGAUUCUUCUAGCUGGCACUUAUUCUAAACUACAUGCUAGAAAACAAUCUUCCAUGUUAAUGACAGAUCCAAACAGGCUAGCUCGUUCAGCCUCCAAUCUUGAAUUUGAGCUAAGGAACUGGAGAAACGCCUUUGAGUCAUGGAUCACUUCUCAAAGAUCCUACAUUCAUGCACUAACUGGAUGGCUUCUUCGGUGCAUGAGAACUGAGCCUGAUGCAUCCAAGUUGCCAUGCUCUCCUCGUAGGUCAAGUGGCACUCACCCUUUGUUUGGACUGUGUGUUCAGUGGUCAAGACGCCUAGAUGCCAUACAAGAAAAGGCAGUGCUUGAUGGCUUAGACUUUUUUGCAGCUGGGAUGGGGUCCCUCUAUGCACAUCAGUUGAGAGAAGAUUCUAGGAGAAACUCAUUUGGACCAAAACAAAGUAAUGGUAAUAUGGAACUAGUAGAAGCUGGUGAGGUAGAAGAGGUAAUGGCUCCAGAAAAACUUGCUGAAGUUGCUAUUAAGGUGCUUUGUGCUGGAAUGUCUGUUGCUAUUAGCUCACUGGCAGAGUUUGCUUUGGAUUCUGCUGAGGGAUACAAUGAAGUUGUCAAGCAAUGGGACAAUGUCAAGUGUCAAAAUACUGCUUCUAGCAACACCAGGACAUAGCUGUCUCACAUUUUGAGUUAUUUAGUUUAGGUUUAUUUAGAAAAAUGGGUGUAGAAUGUAAUUAUGUAUUUAACUAACCAGUAUAAAAGGUAGAAUAGCAAGGGCAAUUGCACCCAAUAUUUUGUUAUAAUUGAUUUCUUUUUUCUUUCUCUAAA